AUGGGCCCAAAACACCUGACCCGCACCGACCUCACCAGUCCGCGGGACAUGCCUCGCCACAAUGAUGAUGUCCCUAUCGGGUUAACCGCGACGAUGCAGCGAGGCCAGGGCGGCCCGUCGUCCUUCUCGUCUGAUGGUUCUUCUCCAGCUGCUCUCUCCUCUGCCGGAUCGCUGUGGUCGCGUGUAGGCCGCGAGAUCGCCAGCUGGCGUCGUGGCACUGUCUCCAUUUACGAGGUGGAUGCGUGGCUUCGGUUCAACCCGUACAUCCGACGUGGCUUCCGACAUCGCUCCUUGCGCAAGCGCGAGGCCCUCGGCUCGCUCGUGUUGUACCUCCACAACGAAACCUUCAACGUUGUGUCCCACCUUGCCAUGGUGGUGCUCAUGGCGCUGCUGUUGCUAUGGCCACCUCGAGUGACGGCGAUGAGCAACAGUGGCAGCGGUGCGUAUUUCAGCGAGCGCUCAGCGGGUGAGCCAUUUCGUCGGCACCACAGGGCGGAAACUGAAGUGCCGUCGUGGCUACGUGGACUGGACAGACGCGCAGCUACACCUGGCGCAGCUGCAGCAGAGACUGACAAGGACCGCGUGCAGGGAUACGUGCCUCCCGGUGAUGUGGCGGGAUCCCCACGGCAUGUGCUGAGCGACGCCGCUGCUGGUGCCGCAACGCCUUCGUCCACAUUUCGCUUCUUUGCCGUUCUCUUGGGCGACUUGGCAGCACCAUCGUCGCCGAUGAUGCCAGUCAUCGAUACGGCGCUUCCACCGCCGCCCAUGAGCGUUGACACCCGCCUUUCUCUCUCCCUCAUACCGUUGGUGGUCCUCUUCCUGCUGACGUUUUCUCUAUCAGUGCUGUAUCAUCUUUUCAUGCCCUGCUGCCGCACCCCUCGCGGCUACCAGCAGCUCCUACAGUGUGACGUGUUGGGCGUCGUCUUCGCCAUCUCUGGUAGCGCCUACGCGUACUUCGCGUGUGGGAUGCCGUGUGCCGGUGAGUCUGCUCAGUUGUGGACGGGGGCGCUGAUGGUGGUUACGACGCUGCUGUGCAUCUACGUGCUUGUUUUGGCCCCGAUGUGGGGUGUGGUGGCUGAGGUGUGCGCGCUGGCGCUGUGUCUGGCGCAGUGGGCUGCAGCUGCUGUCAUCGCUGCCGUGCUGGAGUUCUUGAUGGGCCGUCCGCUCCUCUCUGCGCCGCCAUGCCCGCCACCGGUGCAACGUGACAGGCAUGGCGGCCGUGAUCGUCAGCCGCGCCCGCUGCCGCCGCCGCCAGAGCUCCACGCUGGCCAACACUUUCUCCUCGCCUGGGUGCAGCGGCAUCGGCACCUAUCCUCGGCUGGACUCGGCAGCGCGUCGACUGCGUCCAGCACAGCGGCGGUGGCAAGCACUACCGCGGACCCGGUACCCGUCAGCGCGCGCCAGCGCAUCGCUGUUGUCGGGGUCUACUGCCUCCUGCACCUGGGCGUGUACCUGGCGCUGGUUCACCCCAAGAGCCGCCCAGCCAUGGGCGGGUUCACGCAAGCCACGCACUACCACAACGCCUCCUACGCGUGGCUAUUUCUUGGCGGCCUCGUCAACGCUUCGCGCUUCCCAGAAGUGGUCGUGUUUCACUGGACGAGACGAGCCGCACAUCACACGCGGCGUGUGGCGGCGGCAGAGGCGGCCGCGCUUUCUGCCGAGAAGCUAAGAAGGGAUGCGGGUAUGACGGAGGUGGAUGCACGAGCUGCAGCAGCGGCCUCAUCGUCAUUGCGUGGCUCUGCGCGCUCGCACUGUGCCUCCUCCGUUGGCGUCGCGCCCGAGUCGGCAGCGCAGGCGACCUCUGUGCCGUCCACAUCUUUGCCACCCGUCACCGCAGUUACUUUGUGGGACCGGCUCUGCGUGCCGAAGCUGGUGGUCACCUACGUCGUCUCCGCCUCCACUCUGGACUACAUCGGCAACAGUCAUCAUAUCUGGCACGUGUGCACCGCGCUCAGCGCUUUGUCGGCCAUUCUUGCUGUGUACUACGACUGCAUGGAGUACGAUCUCGUCCAGUGUGGCUGA